AUGGCUUCUCAUUUACUCAAUCACUCCAAAAAGUUAAGAAAUGCUUCGAGCUUGUUACACCAUGAUCGUGCGGUUUUGGUUCGUUGGUUUUGCAGCGACGUUCAACCCUUAUCUAUCACCAAAAAUCGUGAUAUGUUGAAAACCCGAAUACAAGAUUAUGAGUCUUCAGCGAGAAACCGUGUCUCUGAAUCAGCUUCGAACUUUACUAAACCUUCAUUUGGUGUACAGAAGAGAAACAUGUCCACCAUGAAAAGGGGUUACACGAGGUUGAAUGGAGAGGUUUUACAAAAUUCAGAGGUUCUGUCAAGGAGAAGCUAUUCAUCAGCUGCAGAUCUCCCCCCACACCAGGAAAUUGGAAUGCCUUCUCUCUCACCUACAAUGACAGAGGGUAACAUUGCAAGAUGGUUGAAGAAAGAAGGGGAUAAAGUGUCUCCUGGUGAAGUGCUCUGUGAAGUUGAAACUGAUAAAGCUACUGUUGAAAUGGAGUGCAUGGAGGAUGGUUUUCUGGCCAAAAUAGUACGUAAGGAGGGGGAAAAAGAAAUUCAAGUUGGCGAGGUAAUUGCCAUAACUGUUGAAGAUGAAGAGGACAUUGCAAAGUUUAAAGAUUACAAACCUUCAGCAUCUGAAUCUAGUGACCCACCUGCCAAAGAAACACCUGCCCCACCUCCCCCAAAGAAAGAGGUGGCAGAGGAGCCUGCACGAGAACCUGAGCCAAAGGCUUCCAAGCCUAGUGCACCACCUUCAUCUGGAGAUCGGAUAUUUGCUAGUCCCCUUGCUAGAAAGUUGGCUGAAGAGAAAAAUGUGACUCUCUCCAGCAUUAAAGGAACAGGGCCCGAUGGGCUCAUUGUCAAGGGUGACAUUGACGAUUACUUGGCUUCUAGUGGUGUUAAAGAAGUUUCAGCACCCUCAAAGGCCAAGGCUGCAACGGAUGUAGCAUUGGAUUAUACCGACAUUCCUGUCUCUCAGAUAAGAAAGAUCACGGCCUCACGUUUGUUGCUAUCAAAACAAACUAUUCCUCAUUACUAUCUAACAGUCGAUACAUGUGUUGACAAACUCAUGAGUUUGCGAUCCCAACUCAAUUCAUUGCAGGAAGCCUCUGGCGGUGCCCGCAUAUCAGUAAAUGACCUUGUAAUCAAGGCUGCUGCUUUGGCUCUCCGUAAAGUUCCUCAGUGUAACAGUUCAUGGACAAAUGACUAUAUUCGCCAGUAUCAUAACGUGAACAUUAAUGUUGCCGUGCAGACUGAACACGGACUCUUUGUUCCGGUCGUCAGGGAUGCAGACAAGAAAGGCCUCUCUAAAAUAGGCGAAGAGGUCAAACAAUUGGCUAAAAAAGCUAAAGAAAACAGCUUGAAACCCCAAGAUUAUGAGGGAGGUACAUUCACAGUGUCUAACUUGGGAGGACCAUUUGGAGUCAAACAGUUCUGUGCCAUUGUCAAUCCUCCUCAAUCAGGCAUUCUUGCAGUUGGAUCUGCCGAGAGGAGAGUCGUUCCAGGUUCAGGUGCUGAAGAAUUCAAAUUUGCAUCCUUCAUCGCCGUAACCCUCAGCUGUGAUCAUCGUGUAAUAGAUGGGGCUAUUGGUGCUGAAUGGCUAAAAGCAUUCAAAGGCUACAUUGAGAAUCCAGAAACAAUGUUGUUGUAA